AUGUCCUCCGGCGACGAGGAAGACGCCACCUCGGCCGCCAUGGCCGCCAUGAUGGGCUUCUCCUCCUUCGGCGCGCAGGACCGGCCUUCCAAGAAGCGCCGCUUCAACCCGCGCGCCGACGCCGCCACCGGGACCGGCAGACAGGGCCCGCUGCCGCCGCCGCCGGCCGGGACGGGCGCCAACUCGGCGCCCCUGGGCCCCGCGCGCCACUACUCGUCCAACCUGCCGCUCCACCCCACGCCGCGCGACGACGACGACGACGACGACGACGACGAAAGGCAGCCCCAGUACAUCGACACGUCCCGGCCCGUGGGCCACGAGGAGCCCGCCGACCCGGAGGAAGAGGCCCGGUUCCAGGCGCAGAUCGACGCCAUCGUCGCGGCCGGCAACGCCACGUACGGCUCGGUCGCGCCUCCCCCCUCGUCGUCGUCGGCGUCGUUGUCGGCGCCGGCGCCGGCCCCCGGGCUCGACGGUGGCCCCCUGCCAGCCGCCGCCACGGCGCCAGCUAGAGUCCCAGGAGGGCCGGGCAGGGGAGGCGCCGGCGGUCGCGGAGGGCACCGCCACGGCGCCGGCCCCGGGGGAGACUGGUGGAUCGGCUACUACGACCCGAGCAGCAACGAGAACCCGUGGGCCAGGCUCGAAGGGCAGCUCGGCCUGCAGGCCCACGGGUCCUGGCUGGCGAGAGGAGAACGCGUCGGGUAG